AGCAACAACAACAACAACAACAACAGCAGCAGCAGCAGCAGCAUCAGUUGAAAGAACAGCAGUAGGACCCCUGUUAUAACAACAACGGUUUCAGCAACAGCAGCUAGUGACCAUGGAUGAGAACGAAUACCGAAGUGUUGCCCAAGGAGUGGCUCUUAAACUACAGACUUACUUAAAUGACAAAGAUGGAUGGGAAGUGGCCAAAAAAUUUAAAGAUAUUACCGUUUACUGUAAAAAGUCGCCAGAGUUUAGCGGUCACCUAUAUAAAGCUGAAAUGACAGUGAAUGCACCACCCGCAACAGUCUUUGAAUACAUCGAUCCCUGGCCCGAUUCACCGAGGCUGAAGUGGGACAACAGGAUGAAAGGUAUUGAAACGCUAAAAAAAUUCGACAAGGAUCUAAGGGUGAUGAGGACAUACACGAGCAGUGCCUGUAUUGGACUAAUCUCUCCAAGGGAUUUUGUUGAUGUCAUCUAUGCUGUCAAUACUGAUAAAUAUAUAGCAACUUGUGCUGUCAGCAUUGAAUCAGAGCAAUGUCCUCCGUUGUCUGCUUAUGUAAGGGGCUGGAAUCAUCCUUGUGGAUUAAUCUGUUGCCGAGUUCCCAAUGAACCAAACAAGACCAAACUGGUGAACCUGAUUCAACCAGAUCUGGGCGGUAUGGUACCACGAGGCUUAGUGGAAGCUGCUAUGCCGCCCUCCAUUGAAGGCUUUUACAUUAAUUUGAACGGUGCUCUGAAAGACGAUGGCAAACUCAUAUCAUCAGAUGAAUAGAAAUAAACCCGGUGACCAACUUUGCUGAUAAUAUAUCUAACCAUACAUUCAUCCAAUCAAUAUUAGAUAUGAAAGAACCAUUACUAUAUGUACCCUUAACAAACAUCACAAUAGACAUUUCUAUAUGUACCCAAUAAUUAUAUUUCUAAACAUACCAUUAAUGCAAUAACAAACAUUUAAAAAAUGCACCCUUAACAAACAUAUAUAUAUAUAUACACACAUACACACACGUAUACCUUUAGCUAUACUGUAACAUACAUUACUGUCCCCUAAACAAUAUAACAACAUACAUUUAUAAAUGUAUUCUUAAAAAUACAUUUAUAAAUGUCCCAUUAACAACACUUUCAAAAACACAAUGCCCUCUCCACCCCUCAAUCCCACCCAGCCACCUGCUACAAACACCUACCUAAAAGGUAUUAGUAUUCCCUUACCAAAACAAUAACAUACUUAAUUGUUUUCUUACUAACAACUUCAGAAAUGUUUUAAGCAAUUAUUGUUAUUGAUAUUAUUAUUAUUAUUAUUAUUAUUAUUAUUAUAUUAUUAUUAUUAUUAUUAUUAUUAUUAGUAUUACUACUACUACUACUUUAAUUAUAAUCUGGGAUCAAAAUUUUAAUUCUAGAAUUAUUCUAGAAUAUUGUAUAACAUUAUUAUCAGUAAUAUUGUGUAUGUGUAUGUACUUACACACACAUAAGUGCUCAUGCACACACACACACACACACACACACACACACACACAUAUUUUAACAUACAUAGAUAUACGUAUGUACACAUACAUAUACAUAUAGACAGUAGAAAACUUCCUCCCUCCCAACCUACUUACCUACCUACCCAUAUACAUAUAUACACAUAUACACAUAUGCAGAUAUACACGAAUAAACCUACACACAAUGAUAUAUAUAUACACACAUGCAUACAUAGACACAAAUACAUAUAUACCUAUUUUAGACACAGACAGGCACAUGAUAAAUGCUAUUUAACAUUUUAUAUUUUAUUUUAUUCAACAAACACUUUAAUCUUAUUCCUCAGACUUUCUCAAUUUUGUCUUGAAAUGUUUUAGAGUAUAAACUAUAUUGUUGUUGUAUGUGCUAUCUCUCUGUUUUGCUGUAUCUAUGUUUUAGUGCAAAGCGAUGGCAGUAGAUGGUAGAGGUGGUAGAAUGGCAGAUAAAAUUGCUUGUUUUUUGCUAUUUAGUUUUGUCAUCUUUUUAUGUUCUGAGUUCACUUUUCGGUAUUGGCAACUCUGUUUCUCAUCCUUCUGGUGUAGAUAUAAUCACAACCAGAUUGAUUGUAGUCAGUAUAAUAAACUGCUAUGCACUAUCCUCGAAAUUUGGGGUCAUCUGUUUAUAUUAGUCAUGAACAUUUGACAAGAAAGUAUUGUGGAUGAUAGAAUUGUUUGGGAAUGGGACUCCAUAUGGUUUCCACUAUUUGUUAAAGCCUAUUUAAGUUUUAAAAGUCUUGUACUUAACUUAGAAAUGGUGCACUGAGGACUGUGAAUUAGAAUUGGUGGAACCAUAGGCAAACUAGUUGCUCAUCUUCACUUUCCCUCCAUCAGUCUGAGAAUCCCUGCUGAAGUACACAAGUAUUGCCCCUUCCCCAUCCAACUAAGACAAUAUAUACACACAUAUAUAUAUUAGACAAGGUGGAAAUAAAUGAUCAUUACAUAUUCCUUGUCUUGUAUAUCUCUUUGUGUAAAAGACCAGUCUAAAUGGGAAUAUAGCCACGUAUUUAUGAUAUAAAAUGGUGGUGAACUAUAACCUUAGAGUCUGUCACAAAUAUACAUGGAUUUUUAACUAAUCUAAAAAAUUUUGUUGGCCUGGUAGAUUUGUAUUAACAGGGAGCUUAGUUGCAUUAAGGCAGUGAGUUGGCAUAAUAGUCAGCACACCAGACAAAAAGGUUAGCAAGCAUUUCAACUGUCUUUACAUUCUGAUAUCAAAUUCAUUGAGGCCGACUUUGUGUUCCAUCGUCUCAGGGUCAAUAACAUUAGUACUGGGGCCUAUGUAAUCAAGCUCCCCAUCCCCUCAAAAACCACUGGCCCUGUGCUAAAAUUUGAAACUAUUAUUUAGUUACCUUCGUCUACAUUUUGAGUUCAGAUUCCACCAAAGUUGAUUGUGCCUGUUAUCCUUCUUGGAUU